GGUUAGUGGAGUGCAGCCAUCAUUCAUGUUGUGUUUAAAUGUCUACAGUCCACAUUUUGUAUUAGGAAGGAUUGUGGUAUUAUGAAAAUACUACAGCCCUCAGAAGUAUCCACAUAUCUGCUGCAUUGACACAAUUACAAGUGAGUACAUGACGCUUUGAGUUAUCACCACCUGCAACAAUCUUCCACACAGCUCGGCGGUCUUGAACGCAGCUUGUAUCACCUGCAGCCAGCAGGACUUCUUCCUUGCUAAUGGGCGGUGUUAUAUUCUGGACAAGGAAGACCUGCCGCAUCUACUCCAGCCAUAUUCUACGCCUGUCAGUUUGGUGCCGAGCAGAGCAUCAUGGCGUUAUUGCUGUCUGAGUGUACAUUAAGUUGGAGGAGUCUGUGUGUGGAGUAGGAGGAGGGCUCGCCCUGUUUCUGGAGCUGACCGGCCUGCCGUCCUGAGAGCUGUCUGCAGCGAUGCCUUGGCUGAGAUGAGUGUGAAGGCUUUUGAGCUUGUCCCCGCUGUGGAGAGAGAUCUCCUCAUGGGCGACAAGGCUCGCAUCAACAUCGAGUGCAUCGAGUGCUGUGGGAAGCACUUGUACCUGGGUACCAAUGACUGCUUCAUCCACCACUUCCUGCUGGAUGAGGUCACUUCGCCUAAGGGGAAGCUGAGUUACUCGGCUCAGAAGCUGCUGCACAAAUACCUGGGCCUUAAGAAACCUGUUGCAGAGCUGCGCGCUGCCUCCGCUUUGGAGCGCCUGAUCGUGCUCUGCGACGCUAUAGUGUUCCUCGUUGAUAUGGUGACACUGGAAACGGUGCCCUCUGCGGCAGGAGGUGGAGCCAAAAUCAGAGGUGUGACGGCCUUCAGCAUCAAUGAGAAUCCAGUUAAUGGCGACCCGUUCUGCGUGGAGAUGGGCGUGCUGUCAUCCAAACGACGGACUGUGCAGAUUUACAUGGUGUACGAGGACAGAGUGCAGCUGGUCAAAGAGGUGAACACUCCUGAACAGCCCUGUGCUGUCAGCCUUGAUGGAUACUUCUUGUGCCUGGCCCUGGCUACACAGUAUAUGAUUCUGAACUACAACACAGGAGCCUCCCAAGACCUUUUCCCUUACAGCAGCGAGGAGAAGAAGCCCAUCCUGAAGAGGAUCGGCAGGGAGGAGUUCCUUUUAGCAGCACCAGGUGGUCUUGGUAUGUUUGCGAAUGCAGAAGGAGUCUCUCAGCGAGCUCCGGUCAGCUGGUCCGAGAGUGUCAUUGGAGCCGCCGUGUGUUUCCCAUACGUAGUGGCUUUGGAUGAGAGCUUCAUCACUAUCCACAGCAUGCUGGACCAACAGCUGAAACAGACCCUUUCAUUCAGGGACGGACACAUCCUUCAGGACUUUGAAGGAAAGGUCAUCCUGGCGUCCACUAAAGCAGUGUACGUCCUGGUUCCUCUUCCUCUGGAGAGACAGAUCCAGGACUUAUUGGCCAGUCACCGAGUGGAGGAGGCCCUCAUCCUCACAGAGGGAGCACAGAGAAAUAUUCCCAAAGACAAGUUCAUGAUUUUGCACAAACGAAUCCUUCAGCAGGCCGGUUUCAUACAGUUCGGUCAGCUUCAGUUCCUGGAAGCAAAAGAGCACUUCAGGAAGGGUCAGCUGGAUGUGCGGGAGCUGAUAUCUCUCUACCCUCUGCUGCUGCCAGCUUCCUCUUCAUUCACUCGCUGCCACCCUCCCCUCCAUGAGUUUGCAGACCUAAACCACCUGGCACAGGGCGACCAGGAGAAAGUGCUACGAUGCAAGAAAUUCCUUAUUACUUAUUUGGGAGAGGUACGAAGCACAGAGGUGGCUAACGGCUGUAGAGAAGACGUGGACACUGCAUUGUUAAAACUCUAUGCUGAGCAGGAUCAUGAUAGUCUUCUGGACCUGCUGGCUUCAGAAAACGCCUGUGUUCUAGCAGACAGUGUGCCAUGGCUGGAGAAAUAUCACAAAUAUUUUGCACUUGGGCUGCUCUAUCAUUAUAAUGGUCAGGAUUCAGCAGCACUGCAGUUGUGGAUUCGGGUCGUAGACGGGGAACUGCAGGACUCCACCAGAUCUGACCUGUACGAGUACAUUGUGGACUUUCUGUGCUCCUGCUCAAACCUGGACCUUUUAUGGAAGUAUGCAGACUGGGCCCUGCAGAAGGAUCCCACCAAAGGUAUCCAUAUCUUCACUAAGAGGCCUGCCAGUAAACACCUGACACAAUUAAACACUGAUGAUGUCAUCACUUACCUGGAAAAGCACAGCAUGGCGCUGCUCAUCUACCUAGAACACCUGGUGUUGGAGAAAAGGUUGCAGAAAGAGAAGUUGCACACACACCUGGCCGUGUUGUAUUCAGAGAGAGUUUUGUCUUUGCUGUCGGAGUCGCCAAGAGAUGAAGAGCAGAUCACCAGAGCCAGAGACAGGCUGCAAGCGCUGCUCAGGGAGUCUAAUCUGUACAGUGUACAGGUCCUUCUGGGUAAACUAGAGAACUGUAAACAGCUGCUGCUAGAGCGUGCAACACUACAUGGAAAACUGGAGGAGAACGAUAAAGCACUUCACAUUUUGGUGCACAAGCUCAGAGACUUCCCUUCUGCCGAGGCCUUCUGUAUAUGGGCGUCUUCUUCUCGGGACUCUGCGUACAGACAGCAGCUGUUCCACCUGCUCCUGGAGGUGUAUCUAAAGGGGAACCAGAUGUCAGCAGGAGGUGGCGAUGGAGAUCUGGAGAUGGCUGCUGUAGACCUCCUGAAUCGGCACGGGGAGGUGUUCGAUGCGGCCCAGGUCCUGCGUAUGCUCCCCGACGGAUGGUCUCUGCAGCUGCUGCGCCCCUUUCUGAGCCAAGCGGUCAGAGCCAGUAUGCACGCCGGUCGCACCUCCCAGAUCGCCCUGAGCUUGUCCCACUCUGAAAACCUUCAACUGCUGCAUGACAGGCUGAAAGAACGGAAGAAGCCGGUCUUUGUCUCUGAGAAAAAGGGAUGCCACCUGUGCCACAACACCUUCAGUGAGCCUGACGUGGUGUGUCUGCCGGGUGGAGUCCCCGUCCACAAGCACUGUGUCGCCCAGAGAGUAAGAGACUCUCCCACAAAGAGACAGUUAACGAAUAGCAGCAACCACACGUGAGACUCGGCCCCUCGAGCUACCACUCGAUCUGUGAUCAUAGGCUCCAAACUGAAGCAGGACCUGCUGGGUGUUUGGACCCAGGCUGAGGAGUGUGGGAGUAACGACAAGCACAGAACUAUUGUUGCCGCAGUGGAGUCUGCUGCGGAGCUGAAGAGAAACGCAAAGAAAGCUGUCCGAGUGUGAGUGUGUGUGAGGGAGAAACAGAUUACUUCAUCUAUUUAUUCCUGUGCUGCAGUUACACACAAGUUUUUAUUAAAGUCUCAAAACAACAGCUCAGUCACCCGGCCCUUCAGUCAAUCUAACUAAAAGAUCCCACAGGCUCUUGUGCUUUUAUCUGUGCUGCACGGCUCGCUGUCUUCGCUUGAACAGUUUCAAACCUGAACACAAGAAACUGCUCAACAUGCAGAGCACAAUAUUUGAACCUGUUGCAAAUAUUUCUGAAGCAUGCAUAGUAUUAGCACUCUAACGGUUCCAGCCACCCUGAUCACCUCAUAUCGCUGUUGUGAAAAUAUUGUCCUAACUUGCACAUUUCAGUGUUGGGUUUAAAUGUGAAAUACUAACAAGGCUCCUCAGAUUACUUCCUGUGUUCUGCUGCUCAAUUUCCUCCCUCUUAUCAUAACAGCACUCAAUGUUACAUUCAUCAUAUUACAGGUGACUCAAUUUGAUCCAAACUCAUUCAGAUUGACAAAGUGAGAGUUUUAAAACAUUACAUGAAGUCUUGUUUUCGAGUUUAACGAGGGGUUCAAGAUUCAGAAUGACCUACUAAACCAAAUCAGACACUUCUUUUGAUAACAGGCGAGGAGAGUUAUUGUGAAACAGGGUUAUGAUACAAGUGGGAGAUUUGUAAAGUAUCAUGGAUCAUGUGAAAUCAAGUUUCAUACACUUUGUCUGGUUUCAGAUAACAAAUAAAAUCAACUACUCCAUUCUGUUUAUUCGGCUUUGGUACAAUUAUCGACACAGAUCUCGAACCCGAGACAAAACAGGCUGGUGGCAAAUCUUUAUCAGGUUUUUGAGGUCCAGAAAAACAUCUCUCUGAAACAGAGGCAAGGGCAGAAUAUGAUGAGCUUAUUAUAAAUGACUUCAAUUAGGAUUAAUGCACUUGUUCUUGGUGAUGCAGGAGACAUGUUUACAUUGAGGAUGCAAAACUAGUGUUUCACCACUAGAUGGCAGUAGUGAGAUGAAAGUUGGACAUGUGGAACGGCCAGAAGUUGCAACAUAAUGCAUAAUGAAGGAUGCUCUUUGUAACCUUCUAAACAUCCUUAAUAUCACUAUCAUAAAUUAUAAAAUUAAAUGAAUUUAGUAAUUUUGAUUAUUAAUUAAACAGUGAGCAGAUUUUUUUUCUGAUUGACUUUAUCAGAACAAAUUGCCUCGCUGUAAAAAUAUCUUCCUUACAUUUUAGAAGGCAAGUUUGUAUUGCGAUGUGUGGAAAAAUAAGUACGUCAUAAUCAACAGAAUUAAUUUAAUUUUUUGAUUUAGGAAUUGAGGUUAAAAUUAAGCCUAUCUGAAGACUGUCUUCCCCUGAAAGAAACUGAAACCAGCUGAUUUUUAUCACAAGGCUAGUCUUCACACAACAUCCUUUAAAACUUACCUUACAGUGAGCUCGUAUAUAAAACAGAAACCCCUAAUGAAACCUAACCAUGGUUAUGUGAAGCUGCUGUACCUCCAUGUCUUUUUUUUUUUAGUGUGUGUAACUGAUUGUUGGUCAUUGAAAAUGCACACGCAGACAUUAAGUUGUAGAACUAGCUGCUUUGGGGGAAAACCAAACAUUAAAUUCCAUCUCAUCACGCCUCCUAACCUGAUUCUGAAAAGGAAAUCCAAAAAUCUGCCCUCAUGGACUCUAAUUGUUUGAUGUUACAAGUUUGUCUAUAACACCAAGAAAAUUUUGUUUUAAACUUCUUUACAGUCGUCUGACCUUCCUCGACACGUCACUGUUGUGAGUCCUGCUUGUUUCUCUGGUGCCUGUGCUGUUGAUGCUUUGCCUUGAUUGAAACCCAUUUCUAUAAGGAACUCUUUGCAAACACAGGACUAUUUUUCUAAUACGCAGAUCACGAUAAUAAAGAAACUUCCGGCUUGGCUCACUCUCCAUGACAGAGACUCACGGCUUCUGCGCAGCAUCUUCCUGUCUGAACUGUUUCAGUGUCGCUUGCUAAAAAAGCCUCCUCUCCUUGACUUUAUAUAAUUUCAAAACUACAGUACUGUUGUGUGAAAAAUACUAUUGUGUUUUAUAAAUACAUGUAUACUGGUAUGUAUAUACUGCAUUUGUACUCGUUUGUCGCUUUCUAAAUCAGUGCAAGGUGGAUGGGGUGUACAAACUGUAAAUCCGUCUCAUUUUAAUAAACAUGAAACUGUAAAUCAA